AUGGCCUCAUGCAUGACUGUGUGGGCCAUCAUCAGCGGGCUCACGGCGAUUAGUCGCAACUACACCGGCCUGCUGCUGACCCGUUUCUUCUUGGGUAUCACUGAAGCUCCUUACUACCCAGGUGCCCUCUACAUCCUGGCAACCUUUUACACACGAAAAGAAUUAGCCACGCGCAUUUCAAUUCUUUACACCGGCAAUAUCCUUGCGACGGCAUUUGCUGGUUUGAUUGCGUUGGGCAUCUUUGAGAUGCACGGCAUGGCUGGCAUCUCGGGAUGGCAAUGGCUCUUCAUCAUACAAGGCGCUGCCACGCUCAUCGUCGCUCUCGCGGCCUUCUUCAUCCUUCCUGACGAGCCCCUCACUACGAAAUGGCUGACACCAGAGGAGCGUAAGCUAGCCCAUGAAAGAACCCAAGAGGAUACUGUGGCAAACCAGGGCCAGACUACAACCUGGUCAGGCAUUCUGGAUGCUGCCAAGGAUCCAAAGGUCUGGCUGUUUGUGGCUAUGCAGCACGGCCAUCUCGGAGCAAACGGAUUCAAGAACUUCUUUCCCACUGCCAUUCGCACACUUGGAUUCAACCAAACGAUUACCCUUGUUCUCACGUGCCCGCCGUAUCUCAUUGCUGGAUUUGUUUCGAUUGCUUGGUCGUGGUCAUCUGGUAGAUUCAAUGAACGCACAUGGCAUAUCACCAUAGGAAAGGCGAUCGCUGUAUUUGGGUUUGUCUUAGGCUGUGCAACCCUCAACACCGGCGCCCGGUAUUUUGCCAUGUGCGUCUUCUCCGUGGGUACCUACUCCUGUAACUCGAUUAUCCUCGGAUGGGUGUCGGCAACUUGCUCGCAAACAAGAGAAAAAAAGGCUUGUUCUCUUGCCAUCGUGAACUGCUUGGCUGUCGCAAGUUUCAUUUGGACGCCGUACCUAUGGCCUGAAUCUGACGAGCCUCGUUACACGAUGGCCAUGUCAACGAGUGCUGCUCUAAGCAUUCUGGUGGCAGCUGGCGCGUGGGGCAUGCGGUACUGGCUGAAGCAAGAGAACGAGAAGAUCCGGCAGUCGGAAGAUGAGACGACUGUUUUCUACGCCUACUGAAUGAAAGGUCUUGACGACGCCUUGAGGCUCGAUCUCGACACGACUUGAGUUGAUUCUGGACGAGACGUAUCAGGUGUUGAGCUCAAAAUUGAUAACGGUUGCAAACUAACUGUCGAAAUUGGAAGUAUUCGAUCGCUGCCCAUUUCCUUGGCUGCGGUGAGCGAAUGGAUAAAAGUCAAACUG